AAGCAAUCCGUCGAUUAAGGCUGCUUCUGUCUUUCAUUGGUGGGAGAGUAGCCGUCGUCUCUGACUCUCGCGGUACUGCUACAGGAAGAUGGCGGCCGAACUGGUGGAGGCGAUGAACAUGGUCAAAAGUUUCCGGGUCUCUGACCUGCAAACUCUGUUGGCCUCAAUGGGUCGCAGUAAAAGUGGCCUGAAGCAGGACCUGGUGGGGCGUGCGUUGAGACUGGUACAAACGGAAUACAGCCCAGAACUUCUGAAGAACGUCAGGCAGCUCUAUGAGUCACGCUUUCCCAAAACAUCUGGCUGGCUUGCGGCACGGCGUCCAGAGGGCAUCCCAGUUGCCUACUCGCCCAUCAGCUCUUCCCCCAGUGCCACCUCUCAGGGCACCGACUACCUCAAUGGCAUUUCCAAACCGAUACCCACACCCGCAGCAGAGGUCAAACUGGUGCCACUGCCCUUCUACCAAACUUUGGAAACACUGUUGCCACCGACAGAGCUAAUUGCCCAGAACAACGAGAAACUGCAGGACAGUCAGUGCAUAUUUGAGUUAACGCCAAACCAGGCAGACCAGAUCAGAAAUGCAAGUGAGCUUCGCCCAGGAAUCAGAUCAAUCCAAGUGGUUCUUAGAAUCUGUUACACAGACUCCAUUGGUGUCCAGGAAGACCAGUAUCCCCCAAACAUUGCUGUUAAAGUCAACCAGUCCUACUGUCAUGUGCCAGGCUAUUACCCUUCUAAUAAGCCUGGUGUGGAACCUCGCCGCCCUUGUCGCCCUGUGAAUAUAACUCCUUGGUUGCACCUCUCUAAUGUCACCAACAGAGUCACUGUCACUUGGGGAAACUUUGGCAAGAGAUACUCAGUGGCAGUGUAUUUAGUGAGGGUCUUCACUGCAGCAGACCUCUUCAGCCAACUCAAACUCUGCUCUGUUGAGAGUGCAGAACGCUGUCGUGAACGCAUUCAAGACAAACUACGUUUUGACCCAGAAAGUGAAAUUGCAACCACAGGCCUCCGGGUUUCUCUUAUUUGUCCAUUGGUGAAGAUGCGGCUCGGUGUGCCAUGUCGAGUUUUAACUUGUGCCCAUCUUCAGUGUUUCGAUGCAGUCUUCUUCCUUCAGAUGAACGAGAAGAAGCCCACAUGGACUUGCCCUGUCUGUGACAAACCUGCACCAUUUGAGCUGCUCACCAUUGAUGGGCUGCUAUCUGAGAUUCUUAAAGAGACAAAUGAGGAUAUUGAGGAGAUUGAAUACUUAACGGAUGGCUCCUGGCGACCCAUCAGAGAUGAAAAGGAGAAGGACAGAGAAAGAGAACGCAGCAACACACCAGAGUACCCUGUUGUUGAUAUAUGCAUUCCUGAGGCAAACGGUCAUUCACCAGCCCACAGCAGCACCAGUCUGACGGGCAAAUCUGGAAGCAGUUCUGUGGGGAUGCCAGGAGUCACAGGAGGACCUCCUGUGGCACCGGGGGGAGGGGCAGUGGUAGAUCUGACUCUUGACUCUUCUGAGGAGGAGGAAGGUGGUGGGGCAGGAGGAGACAGUGAGGACACUGAGGACAGCGCUGACAGUCCUGCCCCUAAGAGGGGCCGAUACAACUACGACAAAGACCUGGUCACUGCCUACUGACCCCAAAGCUCUGUCCCCUCAUAGACUGACACACACAAACAGAGGCAGGGGGCUAAAACUUGAGGACAGGAACACAGUAAUCCACUAGAUGCAACAACCCUCCCUUUUUCCCACAAAUCAGAGCCUUUAACAGCUCUGGUUCAUAGCCAGACAAAACCAACUAGCACUCAAAGAUGCACUGUUAAUAAAUCUUUAAUCUAGAGGAUUAGGAUUCCUCUUGUACUGUACACCACUGGAAGCAACUCUUAACUCUUUCUGGCCAACCACCACCUUGCAGUGAAUAUCUCUACCGUCCUGCCUCUACUGAAAAUGAAUGGAUCAAGCACCCCGCCACUACCACAUCCCCUUCUCUCCAGACAAUUCCCUUUCCACCACCCCUUCUCUAUUUGUAUUUGACUUGGAAUCACAGGCUCUUUUAGCCAUGGGCGUUCAACAUUUGCGUCUGGUUUUUCUCACAUUUUGUGAUGAACGGACAAGUUAAAAAAUGGAGGCUCUUCAGUAAUUUUUGCUAAAAGGUCAAACACAACUAAGGUAAAAUGGCGUGAAUAAAUAGGGGGGGCAAGGCAGAGGUAUGUAGAGUGUAAUACAAAUUGUGAUGUUAUUUCUUUUUUUCAGAGAAUGAUUCAAAGCUUGAAAGUUUUUGUUUGUUUGUUUUUUCCAGAUUUUCUUUUAAUUAUAAACAGGCAGAACACAAUACAGGCCUCGAUGUGUGAUGCUAUCCACUUUUAUUUUGUCCUUUUUAGAUAAGAGAACCUACCUCAGUCAUAAAUACUUAACAGACUGACCAGAGUAGCUUAGGAAGAAAUGGAGAAGAGAAGAAUUGAGUCUUUCUAAAGCCAAUUUUACACUGGAGAUUUUGUUUUUCUCUAUAUUUGUAUUUUAUUAUUUCAUCGUUCCAUGCAGCUCUGUUUCCUCUGCAUCAACAUCUUUUAUAUUGAGAACAAGUUAGUGUGUGGAUAACCAGGCUGACUGUUCAGUAAUGGAGGAGGGAGGUUCUGUCACACUAUAAACUAUUCUGCUACAGAAUUCACAAGGAUGAUGUAUUGGCUUUACAAAUUGGCAUAACUCUUUAAAGGUCACUGUAUGGAAGCUGUGCCAAAGCAGGGGUGUUUUAAGAUUUCACUGAUGGGGAAUGAGAAUUUGGUGCCUUUUUUUGUCAACUGGUGAAGAAUGAAACCUGUUGCUUUAAGUAACUGGGCAGGACAGGAUAUCAGACCCCAGUCAAAGUGGGGGUGUAGUUUUCAUUUUGUGAUUUCUGCAAUGGACAAAGAAGCUGAAAACAAUGAGAUAACAAGAGGGCAGGUAGAAAACAACCAUUAUUGCCCUUUUCAGCACCAUUCUCUGAAAUUAUUGUCUAGGCAAGAGCUUCGCAUGGUUUUAAAAAUUAUUUGCAGUAAAUCAACGAUAUAUUUGACUUCAGUUCUGUGCAGGCAGGAGCUGUUUCAGGUUGGCUGUUGAGAUAGGAGUGGUGCAGGCUGUUGGCUGUGCUUUUGUAGAAUGCUUUGCCACCGUGAGUUUGGCGAUCCUGACACAAUGAGGCUUACUGAGGUGUCAAUAGGUGCUUCCCCACCAAGCUUAAAGUCGUUGAUUGAAUUACAGAUUGUCCUGCUCUGUCCUAGAACACGUGGAGGUGCUCCAAACAACAAUCUCAUCCAGUCUUUAUUUCAAUGUAGAUAAGGUUGUAUCUAUGUGCUGGAAUAGAAUUGGACUUUAAUUCCUACAUGCUGUGAGCCUAAAACUAAUAUUCCUCUACACCUGCACUAGUAAUUUCACUCAGCUGCUCCUCAAGUAAGGAUGCUCAGUCUGCAUGUGAAGGCCUUAGGUUUGUUUGCAGCAUGGUCAUAAGCAUUGGUUAGAAAAUGAGACAAGGUGUUGCUGUGCUGUGAGAGCUGUUUGCACUUUCUUCCGAUACUUCAUCCCAAUGCCAUGGCUUAGUUACUUUAAGGCCAUCAUCUAGGGAAUAUUAAACUAUAAUCCCUGGCCAUUGUGACCAGUCCUCCUCAACCAUCUCUUGAGAAUGAGAAUCAUAAAAUGUGAAUCUAGAUGAGCGGUGGUCCUUCUCCCCAGGUGAAACAUUUGGAGGGGAAAAAGCAGCGACCCAGUAAGGUUCUUUUUGUAUGAAAUAUUCCCCCUCUCAUCAUCUCACUGGAUCUGGUUUUCUUUUGCCAUGUUCAAAUGCACAGAGACAUGACAUUUAUGCAUUGAUUCAGGGCCCCUCUGAUAGCGUUGAUGAUCGGAAAAUGUAGGCCAAGUUAGAUUGGGUCUUCCAUUUAUUUUUUUUCUUCUUUUGACUCAUAAUUUACAAAAUCAGUGUAGUGAUGACAGAUGUUUCGCACAAAAUUGAUUGAUGGCACGUUGCCGGUAAUGCAGCUCAAAAACAAUGUAAAGAACUCUAAUAUCUAUCUUUACUAGCAAAUUUGUAUUUGUAACUUCAAUACAUAUAAAAUCACAUUGUUCAUUUGUUACUAGGUGUAGAAGCUCAUUAUUUGAAAAGAUCUCCUGAAUAACUCUUCCGUUUGGUGAAAGAGACGAGAGCUGGUGCAGGUUGCUUCUGUGGGUCUGAGCCAGAUAUGUUUGCAGGUUGUUUGGGCGCUGGACAGAGCUGAGGGUCCCGUCUUUUUUUAGUGGCAUCUCUUCUUAUAACGAUGCAUAAGGUAGCAUGGGCAGAGGCUUACAAUCCAUGAUGUAAAUGUUUUGUUUGUUGUGUUUUUUUAUAUGUUCAUAUUAAAAUACAAUAAAAUUUAAAUAAUAUUUUAUUAAGCCUUGAAUCGCCUCCAGUUGUUCCUACUGUAUAGACAAAUGGACAAAAAGAAUCUGUCAAAGCAGGUUACUGAGGAAUAGGAAGUCUAGUUGAAGUGUGGAUUGUUAUGUCCCGUACCAAAUGCUGAGUUCUGGGGACACAUUUGAUGCCUGUCAAAGAUAAAACUGUAAAAUUUAAAAUGAUCGUAUUCUAACAGCUGUUAUUGACGUGUGGAAUUAAUUAAAAUCUGUUCUUAAAAACA